GCCAGCGUUUUUAUCUUUCAACACCAAAAAUCAGAACAGCAACAAUGUCUGACCACCGCAGUGGUUCACCCUAAAACACACCAAACCACCCCCUUUUUCCAUGCACAUGACCACGCUCGGCUCCUCCUUCACCGCCCCAGAAUCGAGCAUGGACAACGCAGCCUCCAGCAAAAGCCACAAACGACACCAAGUUUCCUUGACCGAGUCCGGGGAGGAAGGAGAUUCCGAGGUUUGGGCUAACUUCGACAAGAAUUUCAGGCAGGUACAGUCGGUUUUGGACCGGAAUAGGGCUUUGAUUAAGCAGGUGGACGAAAAUCAUCAAUCUAGGAUCCCUGAUAACAUGGUCAAGAAUGUCGCUCUCAUCCAGGAACUCAACGGGAACAUCUCCAAGGUUGUCUCCAUGUACUCUGAUUUAUCAUCCAAUUUCUCUACCGCGUUUCAUCAGAGAGGCAACAACAAAGGUGGAGACGCCAAGAGCACGAGUGGGGAGAGCUGAAUUUUCAGAUUUAAGAGAGUAAUGCUUCUGCAUUUUGCUGCCGUAGAUUAUAUGAUUUAUUGCUAUAAUUCAGUAACUAGUAUGUGUAAGAAUAAAUUAAGGGCUUAGAUCCUUCAAGGAUCUAAUCUUGGAUCUUUGGGAAUAGUUGCUUCUGUCUUUUCUAUGAGUGAUGCUGUUGAACAACUGAUGUUAAGCUUAAUUGUCCAUGGGUCUGUCUUUGUUAUGAUUUGUGUCAUAAGGAGAGGACGUGUGGCGGUGCUUAUUGUCCUCUUGAACUUGUUGACAUAAUGAAGUAUUUGUGUUCUGUUUUUACAAUGGUUUUCUUCUUAUUUUAGUUAUUAAUGAUUUUGUAGGGUGAAUUGGAAUCUAAGGAUUUAUUUAGAUAGGCCUAUACUGACUAUCUACAGAGAUAUGCUUCAUUGAGUUAGUAGACAAUAGGAAUUUUGCUAUAGAUGUGUGGAUGUGGAGACAUGUGGGUUGAGUUCCUAUUAUUGGGGUUGUAUAUGAUUAAUGGGUACAAAUUAUGAAUGCACUGGAACACUGGUGAUCAUUUUCUUAGAGGAUUUGUGCAUUUGAGCUUUUUGAGUUUGAAGUGUGGGACUGGAGUGCAUUUAGAAAGCUUGCAGGAACAUGAUAGUGUAGGAUUUGUUGGAGAUGAGAUUUGGAGGGUGUUGAGCCCCUGUACAAGGCUCAAUGUUCAAACGUUUGUCCAGAACUAAGGGGUUUUGGAUUCAAUAUGGAGAGUUUGGUUUAUUAGUGUUCACCUUAUUUUUGUCAGUUAUGAAUCAUGUUCUUGUCCCACAAGAUAAUUAUACCUCUCAUGAUGUAUGUGGAAAUUGGUAUUGCUAU